AUGACUAACUUCGAGGCCCGGCUGCAGAUGCUUCCCCAACGAAUUGUGCGCUCCUCGGCCCUGCGCAACAGCCUCGCCGCUGCCCGCCGCGCACCCAUCAUCCAGCGCAGAGCUUACCUGCCGACACACUAUGCCGACAAGAAGAUUCUUGACGAGAAAUACCCAGACCCUCACACGAUGACCGAGGCCGAAGACCCGGGCAUGAAUGGCGGCUACAUCAACCCUCCCCGCGUCAAGCGACAGCACCGCGAUCCAUAUGCUCAAUGGUGGGAUCCUCAGGAGCGCCGAAACUUUGGUGAGCCGGUCCACGAAGAUAACGAUGUGCUCGGCAUCUUCUCGCCUUGGGACUACACCUGGACCACAACCGGCCCCGGCCUCAUCAUGAUAAGCACCUUUGUUGCUACCUUCCUCGGUGUUUGUGGACUCGUCUAUCUAAACUACCCCGACAGGCCUUCGUUUCCCCGUGAAUUCGAGGGUGGUCUGGAGAAGGAGCUUGGUGGGCCUGGUGCCGUGAGAGCACGCAUGGAGGGAGACGAGGAGCCUUGA